AUGACUCUAUCGACGACAACUGCGGCUUCUAUACAAUCUGUUAAACAUGCACCCAUCACAAACUCACUAAAAUUGACUCCAUUGACGUUUACAAGAGGGAAAAGAACCAAGAGUAAAGGUACUUUACCACCAUUAGUACAAAGGGCUAUUACACAACUGAGUGUGCUAUCAGCAAGUAGGAAACAACCCAAACUGCUGAAAUUAUCUCGAGAAGAUUUCAUCAAGCAUCAAACGAUACAACACUGUUGGUCAAUUUAUCAGAAAGAAUUACGUGAAAAACGUAAUGAGCAAUUGAAAUUGCAGUAUAAGAGUGCUAAAAAUGCGAUGGAUGUCCUACAACAGUUGAAUCCAAAAAUGUUUGAAGCUGCCAAUGCUCCAGAAGAUGGUAAAAGGUUCCCCAUGGAACUAAAAGUCCCCACGGAGUUUCCACCAAAUAAGUUGUGGCAUUACACGUUCAAAAAAGAUUGA